AUGUCGUUCCUCUCCGUCUUCCGUACCGCGUCUCGCGCUGUCCGCCCUGCCAGCGUUGUCCGAGCCCCCCUCGUCCGCUCCCAGAUGCAGAUCCCAGUGACUCUGGCUGCCCGCACCGCCAACUUCGGUACUACCCGUAUGCUUCGUUCUGGUCACGAGGAUGAGACUUACGAGGAGUUCUCCGCUCGUUUCGAGAAGGAAUUCGACGGUGUGCAGGAUGUUUUCGAGCUCCAGCGCAACCUGAACAACUGCUUCGCUUACGAUCUCGUCCCCUCUAUUGAGGUCCUCACUGCGGCCCUGAAGGCUGCUCGUCGCGUCAAUGACUUCCCCACCGCUGUCCGCGUCUUCGAGGGCAUCAAGGCCAAGGUUGAGAACCAGGAUCAGUACAAGCAAUAUCUUGACCAGCUCGACGGUCUGCGUCAGGAGCUGGGCGUCGCUCUUCGCGAGGAGAUGUACCCCCAUGAGGAGUAA